AUCCUGGAGUAUCCACUAGGGGUCAGUGUUGGUUUAUAUAUAUAUAGGUGAUGUACUUCAUGGUGUGUUCGAAGUAGAGUGCAAUGUGAAGCACGUUGUGAAUUGUUUGUCUUGUGUGUAACUCCAACGCCUCAGUAAAGUGUAAGCUUUGAUAUGCAGCAUCUCUUUGUUGGUGAUUCUUUACUGGAAGAUACUACAUUUUGGCGACGAGGAUGAAGUUUAAUCCCGAGAGGAGAAACGACAUUUGAAAGAGCAAAAGGAUGAUAACUACUUGAAGAGGAGAAAAAGAGUCUAAAACACAGGUAGAAGAUUAACCAUGGCUACAGGAACGAUUGGCUCACUAGCAGCAUUUGAUGCAAAGGCUCAAACUUGGGAAGAGUAUUCAGAAAUACUGGAGCAAUUUUUCGUGGCUAAUGAAAUCGAGGACGAGGGUAAGCAAAGAGCUAUUCUUAUAAGUGUGGUGGGACCGCAAACUUAUAGUACAAUGAGAAAUCUCCUCAGUCCAAUUAAACCAAGUGAAAAGACUUAUCAAGAGUUAAUAACAUUGCUAAAGAAUCAUUUCAAUCCACAACCAAGUGAGAUUGUACAGAGAUUUAAAUUUGAUUCAAGAACAAAGAAGCCAACAGAGACUGUAACUGAGUAUGUGGCCGAGUUACGACGAUUAGCACAAGAUUGUAAUUAUGGCACAACAUUGGAUCAAAUGCUAAGAGACCGCCUUGUUUGUGGCAUAGAGGAGGAUCGAAUUCAAAGACGAUUGCUUUCAGAGCCUAAUCUAACAUUUGAGACUGCUUUUAAAAUUGCAUUAGCCUCCGAAGCAGCUAACAAAAAUGUGCUAGAUUUACAAAGUAAAUCCAACAUGCAAACAUGUAACAGCGUCCGGUUUAAGGCAAGGAAACCAAGUCAUGAAAUAAGAGAGGAGCCAGGCGAACAAAAAGAAGCUAAAGCAUGCUACAGGUGCCAUGGAAAAAGUCACAUGCCCAAUGAAUGUAGAUUUUAAAAGGACACAUGUUAUGUAGGCGGUAAAAUUGGCCAUAUUGCCAGGGCCUG